ACCAACAAAUUAAAGACCAAGACCAACAAAUUAGAGACCAACAAGCUAGAGACCAACAAAUUAGAAACUAUAAAUUAGAGACUAAUGAAUUAAAGACUAAUGAAUUAAAAACCAACAAGCUAAAAACCAACAAAUUAGAGAUCAAUAAAUUAGAGACCAAUAAGAUAGAAACUAACAAAUUAGAGAUCAAUAAGCUAGAAACCAACAAAUUAGAAACCAACAAGCUAGAAACCAAAAAUUAG